ACCAGACAUGAUGUUCACAAGGUCAACCACCUGCAUCGGGCAUUCGUUUCCCCGACGCCAAGAGACGCACGUGCCCAUGUCCGGGCUAGCGCAACGACAUCAUACUGGCGCCCGACUCGCGCCUUGCACUUGCUGCCAGGCAACCUUCAACCUUAUAUCCACCGAGCAACCAACCGCCGCAGACCCUCCUGAGCUACUAGUUCCCUGACACCAAGCUGCAUUCAGGCAUCGCCAGCUCCAGAUCCACCACCCCCGCCUCGAACCCGUCGCCGCACCCCGCCAUAGCAGCACACCCCACCCCGCGCAGUCGGAGCCGACAACACCCCUCCUGAGUCCCUCAAGCCCCUAUCCAAAGCCGCUCAUACUCGUGAACCGCCAGCAAGAUGUCCGCCUGGGGGCUAGGCUGGUUCGGCGGCGGCGCCGCCAAAAAGGAAGCUCCGAAGAAGGCGAUACUGCAGCUCCGCGGGCAGCUCGAGAUGCUGAACAAGCGGGAAAAGCACCUGCAGAACCAGAUGGACGAGCAAGACACACUGGCCCGAAAAUUCGUAUCGUCGAACAAAAGCGCGGCAAAGGCGGCACUGAGGCGGAAGAAACAGUUUGAGCAUUCCCUCGAGCAGACGAGCUCCCAGAUCAUGACGCUCGAGAAGGAGAUUUAUAGCAUCGAGACGGCGAAUAUUAAUAAGGAGACGCUGGAUGCGAUGAAGAACGCUGGCACGGCCAUGAAGCAGAUCCACGCCGGUCUCACAAUCGACAAGGUCGACAAUGUAAUGGAAGACCUCCGCGAGCAGCACGCGAUCGGCGAAGAAAUCAGCGAAGCUAUAACAUCUGGCGUCACCACUGGCGGCAUCGACGAAGACGAGCUGGACGAGGAGCUCGCAGAGCUGCAGCAAGAACAACUCGACGAGCAGAUGCUGAAUACCGGCAACGUCCCCGUCGGCGAUAAGGUCGGCCGGCUACCACAAGCACCGCAGGCAGAAGUCAAGGGCAAGACGCCGGUGCGGGCCGAGGAGGACGAUGAGGAGGAGGAGCUGCGGAAGCUGCAGGCUGAGAUGGCUAUGUAGGCGAAGACGGCGCAUGCGCAAGGAUGAGGCGAUAAUAGGCGGGUAAGGCGGGCAUAUGAGCGAAUGAGAUUGGACGGCGUACCGGGCGAUUUGGCAGCCCUGUUAUACGGCGCGGGACUUCUUUCUGUGUGUCUUUUCUACGGCAUAAUUGCGACCUUAGACGUUUUCUACCCGCUUUCUCUAUAGCAAGAGUGGAGAGCGCGUGCGGAUAUACCUUGCAAUUUCAGAUCUCCUCAAAGCGCACAUUUGGCACAGUGCACGAGCAUACGGGACUUAGUG